AUGGCCACUGCUGCUCCAAGCGCUACAACGCCAGCUGUGUAUGAGCAGCUGCCAAACACGGCCCCGUUGUGGCCAGCGGAGCCAGCUCCUCAGGACUAUGCGCAUCAACAGCACAUCCUCACAAAUCCAGCGCUCCCCGAAAUCAAUACUCCUCGUGGAAAGCGAUCACUCGUUAAGAAUACAGUAGCGAAAGUCCCGGCAGCUUUUGUCGCGAGAUCGCUAAAGUCCAAGGUGUCGAAGAGGAAAGGUCCUCUGGAUGAACAAGCUCGGCGGAAGACACAUGAAAUGCGCAAACAAAAGUCUGCCUGCAUCCGCUGCAGAUUCUACAAGUCUGGUUGCGAUCACGGUGAUCCAUGUCAGAAGUGCCAGAAAGUUGCGGGCGGGGCUAGAUCAUUCAAUAUGCCCUGCUGCAGGAUUCGUCUCGAAGAAGCUAUGCUGGUCCGCCACUGUAACGCAGGCAAUGGUCGAUCUAACCAAGAUGAGGGUGAAUUCAUAGGUUAUGAGUGGCUCCCAAAUUGGAAUCUUCUCAACAUGGAUAUCAUCUGGAACCUUCCAGGGACAGGGCCUAUCCAAGUUCAACCAAUGCGUAUCACGAUUGGGCAAUAUCGUCCGAAACGACCUUUUCUGGAUGCGGCAACGAAUGAGUGGAGUACCAACCAAGGUCGAGUAGUUGUUGAACAGCCGCCAUACGCUGUUUAUGAUACACACAGUCUGGUCCCCCUUUUGGAACGAUACAUUACGAACUUGCAGCCCGCUGUUGAACGAUGGAUCUUCUCCCGGGUCUCCCAUGAUGAAAUAGCACUCCUCACGUACCAAGAAGUCGUUCGCCUGAGAGCCAGACUACCUCCGGGUUCACAAAAUCUUCUCGACCUUUGUAUGAGAAUUCAGUGUCUCUCGGUUGUGUCGCAGGGUUACGGCACUGUUUGGUCUAACGACGUGCCUGGUAUUCAGGAAUAUGAUUACAGCAAGUUAGGUCGUAGCCAGUAUGAGGCUUAUGACAGAAGUUCUCGCGACCGGCCGCUGCCAGGAGCCAUUAACCAGCAAGUCGAUGUCGCGGCUUUGAAACUUCUGAAGAAACUGGAGACAGCCUGCCACAAGUUGGUGAAUAACAAAAUAUUCAAGCCGAAAAUCAAACCGUGGUACGAACUGUUCCUUGCUUUGUACGUCAUUUUCUGGAACCUGGAAUACAUUCAUCGAAGCGCGGAGACCUACAUCCAGUCUAAGAAUGGAACAACCGUUGAAAGCCAUGUCAACAACGUUGUCAGUCGUCAAAUUGAGAAGUGGGAGUAUUCUUUCGAGGUACUUCUGACUUAUUGGAAGACCGCCAUCCGCGAUUACGUCCCUUUCAAAGUAGCGAGGGAGAACCCCGAAGAGUUGCGCAAGAAGGGCCACCUGGAUGCUCAGGGUUUCGACUAUGUGAUGGAGUUGGUGAGUAUCAUUGACCGAAUCGGAGAAAUUGGUCAGUCCACGGCACCUCAUACAGGCCUCCGAUCCACACACAAUUCUUUGUCAAGCAAGUGGAUCAGGAGGCUUCUGGAAACAUCUGGGGCUUAG